GUUGAAUGAGCAAAACCCUUGAGCGGCGAAACGUCUAUCAUUUUUCUAUAAUCAAAGCAAACUCCAUCGGAAUCCUCUCCUCUAUUACCAAAACCCUCUACAGAAUCACCAAGAUUUAUCACGUAAAGUUCAUCUUGAAGACUCAAAUCCGAUGAGGAGAAUGACGAUGACUACCUGCACAAAAACCCUAAGUUUAUUAAGAUAUUACCUGAAGAAGAAAACCACAAUGGCGAACCUCCCUCCAGAUAUUGUCACGGUUAUACUGUCCAAGUUACCAGUCAAAUCCAUCUCUCGCUUCAGGUGUGUGUGCGAACUUGGUAUGAAUUGUUCAAAGACCCUAAGUUCAUUAAGAUGCAGUUUCAACAUGCUAUUCAAAACUACAGAUUUAAUGUUCUACUUGCAUCGUCUAACGCCCAUGGCUUUCACUAUUAUUCCAUAGAUUUUGAUAAAACUAAUCACCCAAUUGACAUAUUUAGAUUUACUAGCAAAUGUCAAUUGCAUAUGGUUUCAUGUGAUGGUUUGAUUGGCUCAUAUGAUUUUGGGAUUAAUAUGAUCUGCUUGUCGAAUCCAUCAACUCUAGAAUACAAGUACAUAUCGACAUUAAAUAGUAACGAACCCUUUAAUAGGAAUUCCUUAUUGAGAUAUGGGGUUUUGUACGAUUGGAAAAUUGAUGAUUACAAGUUGUUAAAGUUAGUGGCUGACACAGAAUUUAGUGUUACUUCUGAAGUUUGGGUUUGUAGAUUAGGUUCAAAUUCAUGGGAUAGCAUUGGAAACAUACCUUACAAUGUACGGGAUAUUAAUUUUUCUGAGAAGCCUUUAAAUGGAAUUAUUCAUUGGAUAGGAAAUACUAAAGUUAUAGUUUCGUUCGAUAUAGUUGAAGAGAGAUUCGAAGAGAGAAUUAAAGAGAUCCAAAUACCUUGUUGCUAUCUAGAGGACGGAUUGUACUCGUGUAAAGAUAUGAGAGUGGGUCUCUUGGGAGAAGACCUUUACCUAUCAGUGCAUGCUAGACAUGAGAGAAACAUCGACCUGUGGGUGAUGACAGAUUAUGGAGAUAUAGAUUCUUGGACCAAAAUUUUCAGCCUUUCUAAAGAUGAUGUAAAUUUUGAUAGAUUAUUGCCCCUGCAUUAUCUCUACAAGAAUCGCGAGAUUCUAUUACAAGGUGUAUCUUCAAAAGGCAAGCAGGAUGCCUUAGUCUCAUAUAACCCAAAUAGCGGAAGACUUAUGACUCUUGAUAUCCCCUGCAUACCAAAACGUUUUUAUGCGACUACUUUUGUGUGAAGUCUAGUUUCACUUAAUUCAGGUGAAUUCCUAAAGGCUACAAAAGUAUCUAAGGUGGAUUUUGCCAUUGAUAAGUUCUUAUUGCUAACAGUUGAUCUAGUGGAAAUUGUGGAAUCUGGGUAUUUGAAGUUAACAAGGUUGGACCGAUACGACCUUUUUUUUCUAGUUUAUCUGGCAGUCAAUCUAUUGGCAUAUGGAUAUUAUCUUUAUAAUCUUUUUGCUCGAAGAUUACGGUGACUUUUCUUAUUUCACUACGAUGAAACUGGAAAUGGUGGUAGCAGCAUAUGUGGUCAUCCAUGCAAGAAACAAGAAAGAUGUUAGUGGUUUAUCCUUAGCAGCCAUUGAAAUACAAAUUUCUCUGUUACUUCUUUUAUUUCUAGUCUUUCUGCAAUAUAAUGGAAGUUUUUCAUAAGUAAUCUGGGUGCAGUUACAGUUUGCAAACUAUCGUCAGCUUAGUUUCUCGUUGUCCAAAGUUUGAAGGUUUUCGUUCAGAUGAUGGCCAGGAGGAAAAAGGUUAACAGUCAUUGAAAUACAAAUUUCUCCAUUACUUCUUAUAUCUCCCGUCUUUCUGCUAUAUGAUGGAAGUAUUUCAUAACUAAUUUUGGGUGCAGUUGUAGUUUCCAAACUGUAGUCAGCGUAGUUUCUUGUUGUCCAAAGUUGGAAGGUUUUCGUUCAGAUGAUGGCCAGGAGGAGAAAGAUUAGCAGGUUCAUCACGAUCUUUCAAAGAAUUCUCUUUAUGAAACUUGAAGUAGUGUAUUCUUCUUAAACUUAACUGCCUAAUUUGCAGGGUUGAAUUGCCUCGCAUCUUUAGUUAUGACUAUGUGUAAAAGCCAAAGUCAUAACAGAUGGUAUACAAUCCCUGGCAUCUUUAAAUUCACAGACUGUAGAAACCAGUAUAUGAAUGUUUUGGAUGGUUUUGAUGCAUAUUCCAAAUGUGUGUGAAAUCAAAGUUAGUGCAGAACGUACUUAGAUCUUGUGAAUGUCAGGA